AUGCAUGCGUGCUCAAGAAACGAUACAAUAGUUCGUCAUCUCUUCCCUCUCGAAGAAGUACCGGGAGUAAUAUCCCUUCUCGCGGGCAAACCGAAUGCGUCGACCUUUCCCUUCACCUCUUUAUCCUUCACAGCUCGUUCGCCGACGGACCCUUCCGACAACCAACAGUUCUCAUUGACAGAGCCCGAAUUGAAUGAGGGUCUGCAGUACGGUAUGGUAGAAGGCCAAACCGGAUUCAACCGAUGGUUGGCCGAACUACAAGAGACGGAACAUAAAAGAAGGUAUGAUGUUGGAGAAGGUGGAGAGAACUGGAGGCUGUGUGUUACUACUGGAUCGCAAGAUGGCCUGUAUAAGACUAUCCAUGCGCUUGUGAAUCCAGAAGAUCCUGUGCUCGUGGAGUCUUCCGUAUAUGCGGGUGUCUUACCCAUCUUUGACUCUCUGGAGUGCGAGAUAAUUGAGGUUGGCACUGACGCACAAGGGAUCAUCACGCGCUCCUUGAGUUCCAUCCUCGAGUCGUGGCCGGCCUUGAAGCCUAAGCCCAAAGUACUCUACACCGUUCCAUAUGGUAGUAACCCAUCGGGGGUCACCACCUCCCUGGAACGCCGACUAGAUGUCUUGAAGCUGGCGCGACAACACAACUUCCUCAUCCUAGAAGAUGAUCCGUACUACUAUUUAUACUUCGGCACAAGUCCCCGUAUCCCCUCCUACUUCAAUCUCGAAGCCCAAACCGGGACUGUCGGUCAUGUCGUUCGCUUCGACAGCUUGUCAAAAAUAUUGUCCGCCGGUAUUCGUAUCGGAUUCGUGACAGGACCAAUUCCGAUUCUGAACGCCAUAGAUAUGCAUACUACGUCCAUAAACCUGCAACCCUGCUCCUUGGUACAGUCCAUAGUAUUUGCUCUACUUCAACAGUGGGGCCACUCGGGUUUUAUGGAGCACACCCGUACCGUAGCCGAAUUUUAUAGGAAGAAGAGGGACGUGUUCGAAACUGCUAUGCAAGACUAUCUCGGAAAGGAAGGAUUAGCGGAAUGGAGCACGCCCAAUGCUGGGAUGUUCUUCUGGUUCAAGCUUCUCCUCAGCCCCGAUGCACAAGAAGUCGGCGACUCUGAGACUAUUAUUCGCACCAAAGCUUUCGAAAACGGGGUGCUCGCCUUGCCAGGUACCGUCUUCCUCCCAAAUGGCCAGAAGACGGGAUAUGUCAGGGCUUCGUUCAGCCUGCUUUCGGAAGCAGAGGUGAGAGAGGCAUUGAGGAGAUUGAGGGACGUCAUCCUAGCUGAAAGAGAGCGGCGCGCCAGCCUGAGUUCGAACUUCUGA